AUGCUAAGCAAAGGUUUGAAAAUUGGAUGGAUCGGCACUGGAGUUAUGGGAGCUCCCAUGUGCGGACAUCUCAUGGAUAAACUAGGACAUCAGACUCUGGUCUACAAUAGAACUAAGUCUAAGGCACAGAGCUUGUUUGACAGAGGAGCUAAGUACAUGCAACCUCAAGAGAUAGCAAGAGAAGCUGAUUUUCUCUUCCUCAUGCUAGGAUAUCCUCAUGAUGUUGAAGCUAUGACUCUUGGACCAGAUGGAGUUGUGCAGCAUAUGAAAGAAGGAGCCGUGCUUAUAGAUCACACCACUAGUUCUCCAAAUCUAGCUGAGCAAAUCCAUGAGGAAGCUAAAAAGAGAGGGGUUGGAUCUAUAGAUGCGCCAGUCUCAGGAGGAGAUAUUGGAGCUAAAAAUGGAGAAGUUGUUGCUAUGUGUGGAGGUGAAGAAGAUGUAUUCGAAAAUACACUUCCCCUACUGGAAACAUUUUCCAAGGCUGCAGAGCUAAUGGGAGGACCAGGAAAAGGUCAGCAUACCAAAUGAGUGAACCAGAUAAUGAUUGCAUCUGCAAUGGUUGGUCUUUCAGAAGCAAUGGUUUAUUCUCAUAAAGCUGGCCUAGAAAUAGCUCCAUGGAUUGAGCUUCUCAAUGGAGGAGCAGCUGGAAAUUUUUCUUUAGAAAGACUCGGACCAAGAAUGUUGAAAAGAGACUUUGAACCUGGAUUCUAUGCUGAGCAUUUUAUAAAGGAUUUAGGAAUUGCUCUUGAUGAAGCUAGAAAGAUGGGUCUAUCUCUUCCAGGUACUUCAAAUGCUCACCAGUUAUAUCUUUCAUUGGCUGCUAAUGAUGGAGGAAGAGAUGGAACUCAGGCGAUCCUAAAAGUUCAUGAAAAGUUGAACAAUGUCGAGCUACCUGCUCAAAAAACUGAUCCCAAAGCCUAA